AUGCCGUACAGUUCUGGCCAUCACAUGCCACGUGAUGGCCUGUCCUCAGCAUCGCCUGCAAAUGCCUAUGGCGUUCGGCCACAAGGAUCACAGAUUGCAAGACCAGUCAAUUUUACACCCAGAAGCAGGACCUCAUCAUUCUCGAGCGUCGAAGAGACCAGCCAUGUGCCAGGGUCAUCCAAUACCAAGAAUACAAAUCGUGGAAAUCGACUAUCUAUGCUUCCGCGUCCCAGGACCGGUAGCACUGUAUCACCAACUACGCCGGAAUCUGCUGCCUUUACUCAGAAGUCCACACAACCAAUUCCCUCCUCGCUUACCAGCCCAGGGAUCAACAAUCCAUCAGUAUUUGUGACUGGACAACAAGUGUCUUCUCAGAAACGGUCACGAAAUGUUCUUCGAAGACGAGCCCCAACAAUAGGAAGACAUGUGGAGCAAUUACAAUCCCACAAGCUCAGCCUCGUGAUUCCGCAAGAGCCUCAACCCGUCAAUAUGAACAGUGCAACGAAGCACGGCACUCCUGAGUCCCUUCGGUUGGGGCAUUCGGCUUCGUCGUAUAGAACCAGUCAUACAAACGAAAGCAGUGCGAACUUGAGCUCGGCAAAUUCCAGAUUUAAUGGCCCGGAAGAACUGGCAAGUCUCAGGACUACAGUCGAUACCCAGAACUUGCCACCGCCUCCGGCGCCCUUUUUCUCGGCAAGCAGCCCUUCGACAAGAUACUCAGAGUCUCCAAGUAUUUGGAGUCGAGGAUCUACUCCCACUUCCCUGUCUUCUUAUUCCCCAGGUAUCGUAUACUCAACAAAGGUCGGCCGUCUCAGGCAGCCUAGCCAAUCUCAAACACGAUUGCCGGUGUUUUCUCCCUCAAUCAUUCAAUCAAGUCCCAAGCAAGAAAGGCCUGAGCAAAAGACCCAAAAGCGAGUGCCUUCAAAACCUUCUGGUUUAAGCUCAGUAGGGACGGACGAUCAGAAACAGUCAACCUCGAAGUCUCCAUCUACCAACAUUCGCGGCUCGCCAUACAGUUCUCCACAGAGAAAAAGUUCGGUAGAUUCCAGUCCAUCAAAAACUGGAGAAAUUGACACCGAAAAGGCCCGUAAAGAGGUCGAGGAAGCCGAAAGACGCCUGUUUGAUCCGCAAGCGGGCAUGGAAUUCUCCCCCGCAGGUAUUGCGGAGAAUCCACGCACUCCACCAAGACCAAGCAGAGAUGGAACGCAUCGUCUAGAGCUGGAAACUUCACCUGUGGUACGGAGCAACUUGCGAUACAUCAGAUCGACGGGUCACACAAGACGCGAAUCCGCGGAAAAGGUCCUAGCGGCCAACCUUCCACAUCCAACCUCAAACCAAUCUGCCGCUGCAUCAAUUGACUCGCUGCACUCGAGGAGUAUAUCGCGCAUCUCAUCUCGGGAUGGAGGAUCCCCUGUGUUAUCUCGGAAAUCACCUCGGACAUUGACGAAGGAGCCCCCCAAGGAAAAACCGGAAUCGAAGAUGCCUGUACCGAAACGAUUUGGUCUUUUCACGAAGAAGUCUAAGCCUGAUAUGGAUGUGACUACGACGGAACAAGCUCGUCUACCACGUAAAGGCCCCACCGCUGGAACAGGACACGAGGGCUACGGGAAGUACGGACAACGCGGCCGGAAAGCCAGUGGGAGUAGUAGCAGCGGCACGAGAACAAGAUCAACAAGCACAACGCGAAGUGCCGCCAGCAAAGGAAGCUUGUCUAGUAGGCCAGAUCUGGAGAUUGAUGAUUUCCUAAUGAGUCGUCUGGAGCCUGUUAUCAUCAAUGGCGGGGGAGUGGAUGGUGCAUCGUUGUCGCGAACACAGAGCGAGCAGAGUAUGAGCAGCCUUAGUGUUGCAUCUACUUCGAACUUACCUCGACAGAGCGCGCUCACACACUCCAGUGGUCAGUCUACUGACUCGCUUGCCACUUCGACGGGGACGUUUGGUGAUACUGUCACGCCUGUCGAGUCUGCUGGGACCGCAUCAAGAAACCCCAGCGCUGAGCGCCAAACGAACAUCAGUCGGCCUAGUGCCUCCAAAUCACGCAUGCCAGUUCCAAAGAGCAAUUGGCAUGGUGUCCUUGCAAACCCUCAAGCCGCUGUGACCACCACAUCUCUCACUAGUCAAGAGUCGAGUAUUCAAGCUCCACGCCAGCCAAAGAAAGCUGUUCAACAACCCUCGGAACGACCUCAAAAAGCGGAGUCAGCCGAGCAGCAACAAGUCAAGAAGGGAAAGAAGUCCAUGUGGAAUUUCUUUCAGAAAAAAAAUGCCAAUGAACACAAGAGCGAGCCUCCUACCUCAACUGCAUCCCAUACCGCCCAACUCCAUGCGGCGAUUUCGCCCGUGCUGAACACUCGACCUGUUGCCCACUAUGCGUUUGUCGACGCUGACUCGGACUCGCUGGACGAGAUCAUCAACAAAAUUGAAGACUCCCCACCAACAGAAGAGGAAGAAAUAUUCCACCCAGUGGAAGUUCCAGCAGGUCUGAAUAUCAGAAAAAGAGAGCCUUCCAUCCUGUUGCCUUCUCCGCCAAAGCUUCAUGGAGAGUUUGACAAUGACCGUCCCUCGCCGAAGACUGCCAUGUUCAAUCGCAACCUUAUGCCCCCAGAGCUGGAGUUGUCACCUGAAGUCGAACGCCCAAGACGGUUGGCUUCGGUUGGCCGAAUUCCGCAGGUUGUCUCGAGGCGCGACAGACAACAUCGACCAGUGAUGCAGUCAUUUUCGCGACCCUUUAGUGUCGUUGAGUCUCCAUCUCUCUCUGUUCCCACGACGGGUGUUCCACACGAGUCUCCAUUGAUCACAGAUGCACCUCUGGAUCUGGGAAUCGGGCCCAGCGAACCUCGAUGGAGCCAUGGGCUUAAUCCUGCUUUCAGCGCUUCUGAGGAAGCCAGCGCUUUGGAUUUCCUCGCUGGACCAUUCUCAGACUAUGAGUUCCUUAAGUUUCCGCCGAAGAAAGGUUCGACCUCGUCGGAUAGUUCUGCUGCUUUGGCUGCAGUUACUGCUGUCGCUCCGGUGCCUGGAUCGCCACCUACUGAAGAUGAGGUCUGGAAUGAGUUUGAUGAUUUGAUUGAUGAUGUUCUCUCGCCGGAUGGGCCGGAGCCAAAGGAGCCCGUUAAGUCUGAAGAGGAUGACAGAUUUGAACUUGCUACUAUGGCGAGUAGGGCUCUUCAGGACGAGUUGAAUAACCCCAAUCCUACCCAACGAGUACCUGGUGAGGACUCUGUGAGAUCAAGUGCCAGCUCUGUUCGGCUUCGUCGGUCUAGGAUUGUUUCGGCUUUGCAUUCGUCUACUGCUCCUUCAUCGCAACCCUCCUACAGCGAUCUCGUUUCCAGGUAUGGUGACUUAACAGAAGAUAAGAUAAAUGAAGAGAAAGAGGUGGAUAUUUCGGCUCCUACCGAACAGCCAUCUUCCACCCACCAGCGCCGGGAACAGGAGUCCACAUUUCUUCAGUCUCUCGCUGCUGUCCCUUCACCGCGACGAAAGAUCCACCGUCAACAGGAAGCUGGCUCCUCGGAGCGUGAAUGGGAUGCCGUGACACGGACUAACAUGCGGUCGGCGUCGCUCAUGACCAGUCGUUGGCUGUCAUUUGGCCGAGUUCUAUUUAGCCCGGCACAUAACCACGUCAAGACCGGAGGCCAAGGAAGGAUCCUGGUGGUUGAUGGACUUGGAAACGACGACUGGUCUUUCUAUUGCUCUUUGACAUAUCCCGAUGCAGAGGUAUACAGUCUUGGAGGUCGCCCUGUGUCUACAGCAGCUCCUCACCCCGCGGCAUGGCAGCCACCGACAAACCACCACACAGUUUACCACGCCGGACUGAGCAACCCGCUUCCCUUUCCAAAGGACUACUUCACCGUAGCCGUGCUGCGAUUCCCCGCCGUAUCCUCCGAGACUGUUCAAGGCAACAUUAUCCAAGAAUGCAAACGGGUCCUCCGAACAGGCGGGUACCUAGAGAUGAGCCUCCUAGACCGUGACAUGGUAAACAUGGGACCACGCACCCGCAAAGCAGUUCGCCAGCUAAAGGAAAUAACUUGCCUAUCCGAUUCAACGAUCAGCCUCAAACCAGCCAGCGACAGCGUCCAGCGACAACUCGGUACCCAGGGCUUCGACAAUCUCCGCCGCUGCAUGGUCCGUAUUCCAGUCGCAGGAAUGGUCGUCCGAUCCUCUGCCUCCACUACAUCCUCUUCCCAAUCUAUCUCAACAACUACCCCCUCCGACGCCUUUUCCCUCCCAACAAUCUCUGUCACCACCGCAACAGGAAGCCAAAGCACAAGAACUGCAUCAAAAUCCCCCUCUGACGACGCGAACAUCUCUCUGGGUGAUCUCCUCUCCGACCCAUCCCCAUCCCCAGCAAAGGACGAAUCCAUCGCAAAGAUCGUCGCUCGUGUCGGACGCUGGUGGUACUCAAAAUGCUAUGAAGAUCCUGUCUUCCCUGGAGGGGAUAGCGAUAACAGCAUAUGGAGUGACCGCAAGGUCCUUCGCGAGUGUCAGAGGAGAGGAACUGGUUUCCGCAUGUUGAUUGCAUAUGCCCAGAAACCAAGUGAGGUUCCGCGGCGCACAGCGAGUGUUUAG